AUGGUCAUGGUGACGAAUGUGCUUCGACGGUCGACGACUACCAGCGUGGGCGAGCAUGACUCCUCGAUCGGCUAUACUUCACGUCGAUCUUCUACCGCGGAUGGGCCACCUCCUCGACGGUCGAGUCUGGCCGGCCUGUCUCUCCGCAUCUCGCGGUCUAAGAGAUCCAAACCGGCGAGGGAGGCGGUCACAUGCUGUGAGACUGCGGCACAACAGCUGGGCGAAGCAUUCUUUUCACUGCCAGACGAGAUCAUCGUUCAGAUCCUCUGUUACCUCGGUCCGAGCGACGUGUUCGCUCUCCGUCUGACUUCCCAAUUCAUCUACUCUUUCCUGCAAGGCCAUGCCGCCCCAAUAGCACGGUCGCUCCUUGUCCGACAAGCCUACGAGCGCAGUCCAGAUGACAAAAAAUCCCAAUAUACCUACAAUUACAUUCAGACCCUAUAUCCUCACCCGCUUCCUUGCAUCUCUACAGAUUACCUCCUACAAAUGCUGAAACGACAAAGUCAGAUCGAUAGAAUGCUAUCCGUCAUCGCCAGCUAUGUCCACAUGAAGAUCUACAUGAUCCCCAGCUGUCCCCGAUUUGAUGACUUUGCUCCCUACGAGGCGAAGCUGAUUUGCCGCCUACAUUUGGCUGCUUGGACACUGUAUCACUUUCUCGAGAAGUACAGAGAGAUGCUCGUCUUUGAACACCCGAACCACCCAGCUCCACCAAAUCCAUCCGAAGCAAUGGAGCGGUCUUGCCGGUCAUGCACCGCCUUCGUGAGAUCUCUCCUGCCAUCCUACCCCGGUACUGAGAUCAUCCCUGCAUACUACUUCUACGAGCUCUGCCGGCAACAUCUUCGGUCUUUGAGUCGAGCGCCCGCUUAUGCUGGAUCAAUCGAGCGACGGCUCAGGGGGUGGAGUCGGAAACCUCCAAGCGACGCAGAUUUGGCUACACUCGUGGUGCUGGGAGGGAUUCCUGAACUAUGUAAGCUGAACAUGCUCAAAGGGACGUACAACCAGCGUAUUGAGGUAAUCGGCUCGUUUGUCGAUAAGGUCCACGGCGAGGCCACACGCACUGACACAGCAGAUUCUUCACGACCAGGAGCGCAGAGUUCUCUUGGCAGAGACAGCACACCAAUUUCUUUCCCCCGACUUAAAAGCCCUCUGGCCGUGCCAUUGCAAAACAUUUCGCAUGAAACUCUGACUGCAGUCCCCGAUCUGGACAGCUUUGUCAUAGGCUCUGAUGAGUGGGUCACCCGGAUGUUUGAGUUGGUCGGUCCAGAGGAUCAGAUUGUCAGUGCAUUUGGGUUUGUCCAGAAUGUGCUUGCUGGCAAAUGGUACCAAACAAGAACGGCCUCCGGCCGUGGAGGUGAAGGAGAGCCUGUGGGCAGUCAAGAAGAUGACGAAGGCGGGGACCUGGACUUUUUGGCUCCUGUGAAAGGAUUCGAUUGA